AUGUCGUCAGACGAGACCGAUCAGGCCAUCGAGGUAUGGAGAUACCGCAAGCUUCUCAAUAUGCUGGCGGUGUCCAGGGGAGCUGGAACAUCAUGUAUCACCCUCAUCCUCCCACCUCGAUCCCAGAUUUCUCAAGCGAGUAACAUGCUUACCGCUGAAUACGGCACUGCUUCCAAUAUCAAAUCUCGAGUUAACAGACAGUCCGUGCUCGCCGCCAUCACGUCCACUCAGCAGAAGCUCAAGCUAUACAACCGGGUUCCUGACAAUGGCUUGUGUGUUUUCGUCGGUACCGUCUUGAAUGACGAAGGAAAAGAAAAGAAGAUCUCCUUCGCUUUAGAGCCUUUCAAGCCGAUCAAUACCUCCCUGUACAUGUGCGACUCCCGUUUUCACGUCGAAGCACUCGAAGAGCUACUCGAAACCGACUCCAAGUGGGGUUUCAUCAUCAUAGACGGAAAUGGCUCUCUUUUUGGUACAUUAUCGGGAAACACGCGUGAAAUCGUUCAUAAAUUCACAGUCGACCUGCCGAAGAAACAUGGUCGAGGUGGUCAAUCCGCUCUUCGUUUCUCUCGUUUGCGUGAAGAAGCGAGACGGAACUAUGUCCGCAAAGUUGCCGAAUUAGCGGUGCAGCAUUUUAUCACCAACGACAAGGUCAACGUGGCUGGUUUGGUGUUGGCUGGUAGUGCCGAACUGAAGACCGACUUGAGCGGAAGUGAUCUAUUUGACCCACGUCUACUCGCCAAGGUGGUCAAAGUCGUGGAUGUGUCAUAUGGAGGGGAGAAUGGAUUCAAUCAAGCUAUUGAACUGGCCGCGGACUCCUUAGCCAACGUCAAGUUUGUCCAGGAGAAAAAAUUGAUACAAAAAUACUUUGACGAAAUUGCCACUGACUCCGGCAAAUACUGUUUCGGUAUCACGGACACUCUCAAGGCGUUGGACAUGGGUGCGGUAGAGACUUUGAUCGUGUGGGAGAAUCUGGACAUUGUUCGCAACACUCUGCGAAACGCUGCAGGUGAAGAGGUCAUUGUCUACUCCAAUCCGAACGACAAAGAUCGAGAAAAGUUCAUCGAUAAAGCCACUGGGACAGAAAUGGACCCAUCUGCCGAGCCUCAGCUCCUGCUUGAGUGGUUCGCCGAGAAGUACAAGGAUUUUGGUGCUUCCCUUGAGUUCGUCACCAACAAAUCUCAGGAGGGCAGUCAGUUUGUUAAGGGAUUUGGUGGCAUUGGAGGAAUAUUACGCUACAAACUUGCAUUCGAGACAUUGGGUGAUGACGAAGACGAGGACGAGUUCUAUGACUCGGACGGCGACAGUGCGCUGACGUUUAGACAUUUGACGGUGUCCUCUGGGCGUAUGGCCCUCGCUCAGCGCCGAGGCUGGGGAGGGGAGGAUGGUGGUCGUGCGAGAGGUCGGGGUGCAGCCGGCGCUGUACAGCUGCGCCGACGAGGUUCUGUCGUUGUUCGAGCUCGAAGGGCGAUCAUUCAUCAACGUUGUCAGCACAUGCCACAGCCUUCAAAACGAGAAUCGUACAUCAAAUCUCGCAUAUACCUCAUGCACACGUAG